AGAGCAAACCCAAUCCCCUCCCGAGUCAAUAUGAAGCUUCUUGCGCUUCUCUUGCUGGCCGCUACCAGCGUUCGUGCCGCCGGGGUGACUGGCGCCGCGGAAGGCUUCGCCAAGGGGGUGACUGGAGGAGGGAGCGCAACCCCCGUGUAUCCCAACACGAUUGCCGACUUGGUUUCGUACCUCGGGGAUAGCUCGCCUCGGGUCAUCAUUCUGACCAAAACCUUUGACUUUACGGGCAGCGAAGGGACCACAACGGGCACUGGAUGCGCCCCGUGGGGGACUGCGUCGGGCUGCCAGCUCGCGAUCAACAAGGAUAACUGGUGCACAAACUACCAGCCCAAUGCUCCCACCGCCUCGGUGUCCUAUGACAACGCCGGCGUGCUUGGUAUUACGGUCAAGUCCAACAAGAGUCUCGUCGGUCAGGGGUCUAGUGGAGUGAUCAAGGGCAAGGGUCUCCGGAUUGUUAGCGGGGCAAGUAACAUCAUCAUCCAGAAUGUGGCCAUCACGGACCUCAACCCCAAGUACGUCUGGGGAGGCGAUGCGAUCACACUCAACAACGCCGAUAUGGUCUGGAUUGAUCAUGUCACGACUGCGCGCAUCGGCCGUCAACACCUCGUCCUGGGAACAAGCGCCUCGAACCGCGUGACCAUCUCCAACAACUACUUCAACGGCGUCAGCUCGUACUCGGCCACCUGCGAUGGAUACCACUACUGGGGAAUCUACCUGACGGGAUCCAGCGACCUGAUCACAUUCAAGGGCAACUACGUCUACCACAUGAGCGGCCGCGCUCCCAAGGUUGGAGGCAACACUCUUCUCCACGCCGUAAACAACUACUGGUACGACUCCUCCGGCCACGCCUUUGAAAUCGACUCGGGGGCCAUGGUCCUGGCCGAGGGCAACGUCUUCCAGAACAUCCCCACCGUCGUCGAAUCCCCCGUCAGCGGCCAACUCUUCACUAGCCCGAAUGCGGGCACCAACGCCGUCUGCUCGACGUACCUGGGCCAUACCUGCCAGGUCAAUGGCUUUGGAAGCUCGGGAACAUUUAGCCAGGCGGAUACGGCGUUCCUCGUGAAUUUCAGCGGCAAGAAUGUGGCGGCUGCGGCGGCGUAUAGCGUUGCUCAGAGCAGUGUUCCGGCGAAUGCGGGACAGGGCAAGUUGUGAAUUAGACUUGAGUGGGGAGAUACUUCGGAGCAAGGAUAGCCAUGUCGGGGUGUCCGCCGGACUUGCAGGUCCCUGGACUGGACAGAUCCUUAUCUACAGGCACAUCAUAAUGGGGUGGUUCUAGUAAUUCGGGGCUCGUUUUCGCGAUAAUUAGGCAUUUAUCAGUUAUAUUCUGUAUAGUCUCACAUGUGAACAAACGGAAAAAGCGAUUCGAGCAUUCCAGGUCCCGAUUGUAGGCGGCAAUCUCCCAUCUCCACUCGGUGACAGGAAGAGAAUGGGGGCUGUACCCUGACAACAACGGUCAGUGAAUUACUAUAUUCCUGCUACGGAAACAUGAAGGAUCCAACAAUAAGUGUAAGAGGCCUUGUUAGGACCAUGGUAACUAGGCAG